AAAGGUUUUUGUGACUUAAAGAUAAAGCAUAGACAUGAAAAGAUAGAAGACAGAAGCAGCACACUGGUAACGUGGUUUUUGUUCUAUCUUUCUCCCAAAACAGUUGACCUUGGUGUUGUCUUUGUGUUUGUGAGAGUAACAAAGACAAAGACACCACACCAUUCAUUAACGCGUUUCUCAAAUUCAAUUCCAUUCAAACUCAAACUCAAAUUCUAACUUCACCAAAACGAUGUCGUUAGAAGAAGAAGAAGAGGGUUUCGACCAUACACUCCUCGUCGUUCGCGAAGUCGCCGUCUACAAGAUCCCGCCGCGUACAACCUCCGGCGGUUACAAAUGCGGCGAAUGGCUUCAAUCGGACAAGAUCUGGUCCGGCCGUCUCCGCGUCGUGUCCCGCCGUGACCGUUGUGAGAUCCGGUUAGAAGAUCCGAACUCCGGCGAUCUCUUCGCCGCGUGUUUUGUUUUUCCUGGUCAGCGUGAGGGUUCGGUUGAACCGGUUCUCGAUUCGUCGAGAUAUUUUGUUCUGAAGAUUGAAGAUGGACAAGGGAAGCAUGCGUUUAUUGGAUUAGGGUUUGCGGAGAGGAAUGAAGCAUUUGAUUUCAAUGUUGCACUUUCUGAUCAUGAGAAGUAUGUGAGAAGAGAACAUGAUAAGGAGUCUGGUGAUGCUGAUGCCUCGGAGGAUUCGCAGAUCGAUAUUCAUCCCGCUGUCAAUCAUAGGCUUAAGGAGGGAGAAACCAUCAGGAUUAAUGUGAAGCACAAGGCGGCUGGUGGAGCUGGCAUGCUUUCAGCUGCUGGCCUAUCGGGUGUGCAUGUAGCAACACCAAAGCCAAAAGUAUUGAACCUUGCUCCCCCACCGGGUGCAGGGAAAAUCAGAUCUGCUCUUCCACUCCCACCAAAUGAUCCAGUUGCUGCUCGGAUUGCUUCUACCAGUCCCGUAUCUAGUGUUAAAGGGACAAAAGAAGGUGUGAAACAGUCUACUGAUUCUCUAUCAGAUCUUUCUCAAUUACAGAAGAAUCUUCCCUCAUCAGCCACCCCUGGAUCGACACCUGCAUCAGGAUGGGCAGCCUUCUGAUUAUAUAUACAGCCACUCCUGGAUCGACAGCUGCAUCAGGAUUGGCAGCCUUCUGAUUAUAUAUACGAGUAUCUUAACUAAGAGGCUUUUAUUAUUCUCUGAAUUAUUUUGGGGGUUUUUCAUUUUGAGAAAAGAAAUAUUGAAGGAAGCUGAAGAAAGAGGUGUCAUAAGUAUAGUUAGCACAUGAUAUUGAGUAAUUCGAUUGCUCGAGGAAUGUCCUGGAAAUAUUGAUGUUUUUCCUUGGUUUGUAAUAACAUGUUUCUAUAUCAUAUAAAGUUAAUUUCUCCCCAAUCCCUUGAUCUCUCCCAAUCU